UGAGUUGCAUUUAACAGUGUUCAGUAGCGCUGUUACACAAACUCAUCAUGCAGGGAAUCUAAUCUAGAGCUGGAUAUUUUUCACGCUCUCAUUACCCAUUCAGCGCCACACAGUACAUGCUUCGACUGGCCAGUCAAGAAGCUACGGGAGGUAUUUCCUUUCACUGGAGACAAACGGACAAGCGGACAGAGACCGGCGCAGUUUCUUGGUUCUGCUUUUUCAGAUAUUCGAUCCCUCAUUUGUCUUGCUUAUGGGCACAACACCAACCGAGGUAACCCAACUGAAGUUGGGUAAGCUGAAAGUGGCACGUCAGAGGUUGCUACAGCGUUAUGAGCACCAGCCCUUUGUCUUCUGUCUUGCUGGACUCUACGGCUGCCAGUGGAGACGUUACCAGCGCACACAUGCUCAGCCUGGACACUGCUGCUGCUCUAAGCGGGAGUCUGGCAGUUUUGCUCUGAUCAUUCUGACCUUUUGUCUCAGUCUGGUGUUCCUGUACUUUUGGAGUGAAGCACGGAAUGACUACAAUGACUUUGACUGGUUUAAUUUUGGAAAUCUGGGCUUCUGGUUUCCAUGGUCUAUUGUUUUGUUGAUUCUUGCUGUUUUUCUGUUCACUUAUGUUGCUGUUCUGCUGCUGCUAGCAGUUUGUCUUCUCUCAGAAGGCCAGAGGUUAUAUUUACAUUGGUGUCACAAGAUCGGGAUCUCAGUGACUUUGAUUCUCUCCAUUGUGGCCUCAUCUGUUCUCACUGAUUUAUGGAGCAAGGAGUGGAUGACUGUACUUUUAUCUUUUCAGGUAACUGCCCCAUAUCUACACAUAGGUGGUGUAGUUUUAAUGACUCUGUUAUCUUGGCCAGUAGCCAUGCAUGUCUUCCGGCUCAAUAUGAGGGUGAGACGGGUGGCCAUGAUGGUGCUGUAUAUAACUGUUCUACUCACUCUUUACCUGGUUCCUCUGGGCAUGCACUCACCCUGCAUUAAAGAGAGGAGCAGUCUGGGAUCAGCUCCUGCUUUAAUUGGACACAGGGGAGCACCAAUGCUUGCCCCUGAAAACACCUACAUGUCUUUUGAGAAGGCAUUGGCAGCUGGAGCUGAUGGUCUGGAGACUGAUGUCACUAUCAGUUAUGAUGGAGUUCCUUUCCUCAUGCACGACAAGAACUUACGCAGGACAACUAAUGUAAAAGAUGUGUUUCCUAACUGGACACACACCUCACCUGCCAUGUUUACGUGGAGAGAGCUGCAGAGUCUCAAUGCCGGAUCCUGGUUCUUCUCUCAAGACCCCUUUGGAACAGCUUCAUCUCUGAGCCCAGAUGAGCGUUUGCAGGCUCAGAAUCAGUCGGUGUGCACACUGAAGGCCUUCCUGGAUUUAGCGGCUCAAUAUGGGAAACUAGUGAUCUUUGAUCUGUACCGGCCACCCAGGGGUCACCCUUAUAGAGAUGCCUGGAUAUCCCGCACCCUAGACGUCAUCCACAACGAGUCAUCCAUUCACUCCAGUCAGGUGUGCCAUUAUUUACUCUGAUCAAUAA